UCGGGCGACGAGGGUGCCGCCGCCGCGGAGGAAGCGCCGGGCGCCCUCGCUGCUCUGCCCGGGAGCGGCGGCCGGGUGUGGACAAAACCAAGCUUGUGAGGAUGGACUAUGCAAAGAAGUCUCUGGGUCUGCUCUCUCCACUCUCCCUCUCCAAGUGUGUGUCUGCCAGUGCCUCUGUGACCCAGCAGCUGCUGGCCAGUCCUGCUCCCCCUGCCCGGCCUUUCCGGGUGAGCAACUGCGAUCGCACCUUGCGCAAGGGGAUCAUGGCUGACAGCUUGAAGGAUCUGCAGGAAAAGGUACGCAGCGCCUUGUCCAUCGCGGGCAACUUUUCGCUUGUCCUGGAUGAGGACAGCACCGUUGUGGAGACGGAAGACUUCUUCCAGACGCUGGAGGAGGGGACAGUGCUGCUGGUGCUGACCAAGGGGCAGACGUGGCGCCCGGCCAAGGCGGCAGGUUACCAGUUCGCACUGUCCCACAAGCCACGGCGGAGGAUUGAUGUGGCCUGCGUAACCUUCGACCUCUACAAGACCAACCCUCGAGACUUCAUCGGCUGCUUGAAUGUCAAGGCUACGCUCUACGGGACCUACAGCAUGUCUUAUGAUAUGCAAUGCCACGGGGCCAAGAAGAUCAUGAAGGAAGCGUUGCGCUGGACACUCUUCACCAUGCAGGCGACCGGCCACGUCCUGCUCGGCACGUCCUGUUAUGUGCAGCAGCUGCUGAACGCUGCCGAGAAGUCGGAGGAAGAAGACGACUCGCCAUCUUUGCGCCACCUCCUGCCGCCGCCUUCCAGAUCCAUGCUGGAAUGAUGCAGAUGACGGCCAAGGCAUCUGUCUUUCCUGCUACGUCUGUGGAAUGCACGCCAGUCACUGCCAGUGCCGC